CCCUCGAUGGCUGUAUAAUUUGUCGCAGCGCGUACCCGACUGACCCUCAGCAGCUCCUGCACUUGCAACUCCCUCGCGCCUGCCAUUCGAAUCCCCGCUCACCACAAUGUCCACUCUCAUCCGUCCCCCCCCCAAAGACCCUUCUCAAUCGGCCAUAGAGAACGUGCUCGAGCUUACCCAACUCUCUGAUAUAGACCCUGACCUGUUCACCAACACCCGCCCCCUAUGGCACCCCCCUGGCGCGCGUGGAAUUUAUGGAGGAGCUGCCAUCGCGCAGUGUCUGGCCGCGGCUCAGAGGACAAUCCCUAAAGACUUCACAAUUCACUCAAUGCACUGCUAUUUUGUCCUUGCCGGUAACUCGGAAAUACCAAUCAUAUACCAUGUAGAACGCGUGCGCUCGGGAAAGUCGUUCGCGACGAGGACGGUGCAGGCGCGGCAGAGAGGCAAGGUCAUCUUUACUACGACCAUGAGCUUCGUCCGGGAGAACAGUGGAGGCGAGCAGCGAGUUGAGCAUUCUACCGAAAUGCCUGGCAUCCCAGGUCCUGUUGAGGGCAUGGACGAUCUUGACUAUGGCGGGUCGCCUUCAGGACCCUUUCAAAGCCAGCGCAUCGAGAUCCUAAACAAUGACUCGCCGCAUCCUCAUACUAAGAAGACGAGGCAAUGGAUAAAGGCUCGUGGCCAGAUCUCUCCCGCCGGAGGCCAUGAGGCCCACCUUUCUGCCCUGGCAUAUAUGUCGGAUAGUUACUUCAUCGGCACCAUCGCCCGUGUACACAAGCUCUGGCGAUACUCCGCUGUGCGGAAGAGCAACACCAAAUCAAGUAUUGACGAGGACGUUCUGAAGAAGCUGCUCGCCAUGGAUGACGAGUCCCUCAGACGCGUAAAGUUUAUGGAUCAGGCCGACAUUGAACGACUGCGCAAGUACAAGAAUGGCGAGAACCCUUCCGACGACAAGCCAGAAAUUGGAAUGAUGGUCAGUUUAGAUCACACUAUUUAUUUCCACAACCCAAGGAAUUUCAGAGCAGACGACUGGAUGUUCACAGAAAUGGAGACCCCGUGGACAGGCGAUGGUCGUGGACUGGUCUUUCAGAAGAUAUUCUCUCGCGAUGGCAAACUCAUUGCAACUUGCGUCCAAGAGGGCGUCGUACGAUUGAGGCAGCGCGGUGACAGCAAGUUGUGAAAGACGGCAAUGCUUUCGAUAAUAGUUUGACGUCGAUUUAGCGCGGUUUAGACUUUAUAGACCCCUAUCAGUUGUAUUUUACCACGGUCUUGGGGUGUUCCUCUACAAGCGAACGCCUUUCUUUCUAUGUACCAAUUUGAAUCUCUGUUUGAG